CACACACACACACGCACGCACACAGUAACGCACACAUAGACACACACGAUCUCUCUCUCUCUCUCUUUCUAUGCUGAAGGCGAAGGUCGGGAAGCGACGCCGGCGACAAGUCCUGUACCUCCGUCGAAGCAUACGACCUCUCUCCCUCUGACGCCCGAUUUCCGGCAAAUCCGUAUCCGUUCGCGGCAGACAAGGACGACUCUUUUUUGCUUAUCUUAUUUGUUAUUUUACAUGUUCUUAAUGAAUCUUCAAAAUCUUCAGAUGUGUUUGUAAAAUCCAAAAAUUCUGAAGGGUGAAUGAGCAUCUUUCAACACUUUUGGUUUCACUUUUUAAGUACAUUUGUUUGUGGUAGGUCACGAAAUAAAUGGAGGUGCCUAAUUAUGAUUUACCAUUCUGUACAGGAAACCAGCACCAUGACAAGUCUGCUCAAAAAAUCCCUUCAAUACGCAGGAGAUGUAUUGUUGAAAUCUCCUCGUGCCACUGUCUUUAUGGGUAAGUUAAGGUUAUUAAUGUUAAGUGUGUGUAUGUGUGUAUUUGCUCAUUAUAUUAAUCUAUUCUUUAGAAAAUUUGGUGAUAUACGUUGGUGUGCCUGGCGUUGCGACUGCCUACAUUCCUUACAUGUGAGUGAUAACUUUUAUUUCCCAGCCUCACCACCUUUAGUCCUUUUGUUCAACUUACUCUCCUACCUUAGCAUGAAUUGUCAUUGGAAACAAGAAAAGCAAGAAUGCCAAGUUUUGAUCAACAAUCGUAUAAAAGAGUUGGAUUGCUUGAGGAAGAAAAGGGAGGAAGCGGAGCGUUCUAUUGACAGGUUUCUACUAGCAGAAGUCACGUGUGAAAAUGCGAAGAGCAGCUAGUGGAGACUGCAAGUUAGAUGUAAUUAUUCUAGUACUUGGCCGAACGUAUGUUUUUGUGGACAUGGGGUGCGAAAAUGUGUUAAACUAGCACCUCUGCUUGUUUGGUCUUAUGCAGUGGUAUAAAUAUUUAGUCUGUCUUGUGUUUUCCACCUAAAUCUUUGGAUUCUUGUACUUCCUGGUCUUAUGUUGGCCUUUCUUAUUAUCUUUAGUGACCUUUUUUUUCGGAUAUUAUUGUUUGUAGUAUUGUCUGGGUUAAAUGGAAGUAUGUCACAGUUGAAUGACAUACAAAAUAUUAGAAUGAUGUAGGAAAUCUGCAAAAAUGACGAGCAAAAUAAAUAACUAAAUUGAUCAUUGA